AUGAACGGUCAGGCCACACAAACCUUACAAGGGAAAGCAGUACCUGUCACCAAAGUUGAUAUCAGUAAUGAACGGUCAGAUUCCUUUGAGCCUAUAACCAAAACCAACGUGGGGUAUAUUGUUAGUGCGGUCCUUAUUAAUGAUGUAGGACAGAUCCUUAUGAUGCAGGAGGCCAAAUAUUCCUGUUACGGGACAUGGUACCUUCCUGCUGGGCGCAUGGAACGGGGCGAAAAUCUGGAGGAGGCAGUGAAAAGAGAAGUUGAAGAGGAGACAGGGUUGACGUUCCAACCCACGACCCUAAUUUCUGUUGAGUUUGGUUGUGGAACUUGGUACAGAUUUAACUUUACCGGCCACGUUACAGGUGGCAAAUUAAAAACUUUAGAGGAGAAAGACAAGGAAUCUCUUCAGGCAGAAUGGAUUGACUUUGUAAACAUCAAAACAAGGACUCUUAAACUCAGAAGUCCCGAUAUUAUACCACUCAUUAACAUAGCCAAAAAAUAUCACAGCUUGAGUGAGGAUUGUCGACAUUCUGACACGAUGCCUGCCCUCGUCCCUUACAACCGACUCAUACACAGGAUUAUACUUAUUUACAACUCCUUUGAUGGGGACAUCCUUGUACUGAUGACAGACACAGACGCACUACAUCUACCUACAAGUUAUAUUUCACCAUUUGAUUUCUCAUUCAAGAUUUCAGUAUUUUCUGUGAUAAAGGAAGCUUUUGGAGCCUCAGAGUUCCAAUUGAAGAUGAGAGGCCUGAUAUCAGUAGAACACCAGGGGGCGCCAGCGAGUAAUAAAGACGGGUUAUGUCUGACAACUCUGCAGCAAGUAGAUGGACCAAAGGAUAAGCCCACUCCCCGAUCGGACUCUUCUUACAAAUGGGUGUCACUCUCACAACUCGACCCAACACUCAAGGACCAGCUGACAAAUCGUCUCAAGGAAAAUGGAUGUGUCCCUUUGCUUGACAUAUAACAAAUUUGGAAGUGUCAUCAUUAUGAUGACAGAAACUUAUUUUACGUAUACAAAUAAUCGAAAGAUUAUGUAUUUAUCUAUGUGAUAGCGGAGAUGGGUGUGUUCUUAUUCUUGCAAUGAUAAAAACUAGACAAUAGGUCUCUGUUGCUUUAAUGGCAGAAAGUGGGUGUUUUAUGACAAAGAAUGACUUAUGAGAAGUAAAAAUUGAGUGUUUUAUGACAAAGAAUGACUUAUGAGAAGUAAAAAUUGGGUGUUUUAUGACAAAGAAUGACUUAUGAGAAGUAAAAAGUGGGUGUUUUAUGACAAAGAAUGACUUAUGAGAAGUAAAAAGUGGGUGUUUUAUGAAAAAGAAUGACUCAUGAGAAGUAAAAAGUGAUACAACUCCUUAAAUUAUCUCAUAAAACAAUGGGUUUUUUUGGUGAUAGUUUUAUAACUGUGUUGUUCUAUUAACAAAAACAAUGUCUUUGAUGGUUGUGGUAAAACUAGGUAUGGACCCCUUAUCAUUUAAAAGGCAGCAAAAACAUGUAUCUCCUUAGUGUAAUGGCACUGUCCCAGCAAUUAUGGACAUUAUGACUUGCAGUAUAUCUGUAUACAAUUUAAAUUUAACGAACCAUAACUGAACUAUUCUGUUGUGUGUUCCUGUGAUAAAAUCUCAAAUCACAUGCUACGUAUGUGAUUGUGAUAUAUGUGAUUGCCAGGUGUGUGAAAACUAAAUGUCCCAGAUAAAGUCACCUGCAUUAUGAUAAAAAAUGUCCUGGUAUUUGAUAUUUCUGUCUCGAUGAUUUUAAUCUAUUUCUUGUUGCAUUGUAGUGGGUAAUUUAUUGAACACAAUAAAUGAUAUAUUUUGUCCCUUACUUAAAAACUCAAGGAAACUCUCUCGGCAAAAGUAGAUGGGAUUUAUCUAAUAUCUCAUGAUUUAACAGAUUAUACAAGGUAUGUUGCGGAAUAUUAUGUUGUGGUUCAAGUGAUGUGCUGUCACACUAUUUAUUAUUGUUUAAAACCACUUUUGUUUAAGUGCUUUUUCCAUUUUCCUGUCUGAAAGUAUAGUUUACAGACUUAUAAGUGUCAAAUUAUUUCCGAUAUAAGAAAAUAAAUAAAUAAAUUAAUUAAUUAAUGAAGGGGAAGUAAUCCAGUAGUUACUGUUCAGGAUUUUUCUUACUCCUGUGUUUGAAGGCUUUCUAAAACAAAAAGGCUAGGAAUUUACACCAGAAUAGUACAUAACCCACAACUUCUGAAGUGUAUGAUAAAGUGUCAGUAAGUAUGACCUUCACAUUGUCUAGUUUGCUUCUGAGUAUGACCUUCACAUUGUCUAGUUUGCUUCUGCAUAUGACCUUCAUAUUGUCUAGUUUGCUUCUAAGUAUGACCUUCACAUUGUCUUGUGUUCAUUUUUACUGCAUAACAAUUGAUAAUUAAAAUAUCACUAGGUGAAAAUUCUGUUCGCUGAAGCUCAUAUUAAGAAAUCUAAGCAUAUUGAAAAGAUUGAUUUAACUGUGUCCCUUUCACUAUUUCAUUCAAUUGUAGUGGCCUUUGAUGAGUGGGGUUAGGAUAGGGUUUGUAGUUUGGUGACAGGGGAACAAAAGUGUCCAAACUAAGGAGGGUACAGGUCUAUAACAUACAAAUGUGUAGCCAAAGAUUGUGAUUGUAAUAUCUUUUGAGAAAUCCAGUGUUAUAAUAGAAUUCUCUUAACUAGUUUCUAAGUGUAAGUAGAUAUUGCUAGCCAAGUUUAUGAGAUCUUGUUUUAUUCUGUAGAGAGGUGGAAUUGUUUUUAAAACAGCUAUAAAUAGCUAUAUCGUCCUGCAUUUGGUAUGUACACAGCUUUAACCUAGUAAAUCUGGUGAUAUACUGCUCAUACAUCUGAAAAUGACAAAAGGUACAUUUACCAUUUUA